AUGUAUGGCAAUGCGGCGAUAUCGCGCGCAUACCCCGGACUUAUAGACGCUGCAACCCUUAUCGGUGGCACGCAGAUUCAGGGCAGGGCGUCGUUCGGCGGCAACCUCUGCAACGCCACGCCCAGCGGUGACUCCAUUCCGGCGAUGAUCGCGCACAGCGCAGUCGCCCAUAUAGAGGGUCCCGGUGGUCACCGGCAUGUAGCGGUAGAGGACUUCUGCACGGGGCCUGGCAGAAAUGUACUUGGUCGCGGCGAGAUGCUAGUGUCAAUCAGCUUCCCGGCGCCGUCAAGCGGUUUUGGCGCGAACUACAUGCGCUUCAUCCCGCGCAACGAGAUGGACAUCGCGGUCGCCGGCGCGGGCACUUCCGUAGUGCUUGACAACGGCAACAUCAAGUCGGCGCGCGUUGCGCUCGCCGCUGUUGCGCCCACUCCGCUUUAUGUUUCGGCAAUAGGCGAUGCCAUAGCAGGCAAGCCUGCCAACGAAGAGACUCUGGCAGAGGCGGGACAGAUUGCCAAGGACGCUGCGAUUCCCAUUACGGACAUGCGCGGCACGAUUGAAUACAGAAAGCACCUUUGCGAUGUGCUCACAAGGCGCUCGCUCCAGAUUGCGAUUGACCGAGCUAAGGAGAAUGCUUAA